AUGAUUGGCUUAAAGGUGACUGAUGCUUUAGAUUAUGAACUAUUUCAGGGAGAAGAAAAUGGUGCCAAGAUCAAAGAGAGUGCGUCCCAGACAAGAGAUGUCCUCAGACAGCAUUUUAAUGAUUUAAAGGGAACCCUUGGCAAGCUCCUGGAUGAGCGGUUGGUGACCCUUUUGCAAGAGGUGGAUACCAUUGAACAAGAGACCAUUAAACCACUAGAUGACUGCCAGAAACUCAUAGAGCACGGAGUUAACACUGCAGAGGACUUGGUCCAAGAAGGUGAAAUUGCCAUCCUUGGUGGUGUAGGAGAACAGAAUGAAAAACUGUGGAACUUUACCAAAAAGGCCUCACACAUUCAGUUGGACAGCUUACCAGAAGUGCCUUUACUGGUUGAUGUGCCUUGUUUAUCUGCUCAGUUGGAUGAUUCAAUUCUUAACAUAGUGAAAGACCACAUUUUUAAGCAUGGGACGGUAGCAUCUCGCCCACCAGUCCAGAUAGAAGAACUAAUAGAGAAACCUGGAGGCAUCAUCGUGCGGUGGUGUAAGGUGGAUGACGACUUUACAGCCCAAGAUUACAGACUCCAGUUCCGUAAAUGUACUUCAAAUCACUUUGAGGAUGUAUAUGUAGGCUCUGAAACUGAAUUCAUAGUCUUACACAUAGACCCCAAUGUUGAUUACCAGUUCAGAGUCUGCGCCCGAGGAGAUGGCCGACAGGAGUGGAGCCCUUGGAGCAUCCCCCAGACAGGCCAUUCCACGCUGGUGCCUCAUGAGUGGACAGCUGGCUUUGAUGGGUACAGUCUGAGCAGUCGAAGAAAUAUAGCACUCCGGAAUGAUUCGGAAUCCUCGGGGGUCCUCUACUCCAGCGCUCCAACCUAUUUCUGUGGGCAGACGUUAACAUUCAGAGUUGAAACUGUGGGCCAGCCAGACAGAAGGGACAGUAUAGGAGUGUGUGCAGAAAGACAGAAUGGAUAUGACUCUCUGCAGCGGGACCAGGCGGUGUGCAUUAGCACAAACGGUGCAGUUUUUGUAAAUGGGAAAGAAAUGACUAAUCAGUUGCCCGCCGUUACAUCUGGGUCCACUGUCACAUUUGACAUGGAAGCUGUGACUCUAGGAUCCACCAAUAAUAACGAAGGCGGAAACUUCAAGCUUCGAGUGCCGUUUAAUUCCCUUUCUUACGGGCUGCUGCCUUCUUGAAACGUCUGCGCUACACUGCAGUGCCAUUCGACAGUUCCUCUUUGGGCACGCACUUCCCGACGGUGCUCUAGGAGUUGGCUGUUCUAUCUGGACUGUUGCAGUAGCAUUCUACCCGUUCUCCCUCCGGAGAUCCUCCACCCCGAUUCUCAGCGCUGUGGCUCCCCUAGGUAGAAACUCGCUCGUCGUACCUGUGCAGUACGUCUCUAAAUGCUUCCUACUGUCUGCAAUCCAGACCUUCCGCAUGGCACGUAAAGCCCUCAUCAUGCCACCAAAUAUCCGCGCACCAGGAAGACCAUUGGGCAGGACUAAAGUCAGUGCGACGGACUUAGCAGUCGACAGCAGGAACCAAGCUUAGAAGAAACACUGAGCUUUGGGAAACGGAGCCCUCAGCUGAAGACGCAGAAACGAGUGCAGGCAAAACGCUGUUACCAGCAAGGAAGGCGAGAAUAGCUGAACUGCCAAGCCUCCCGCAGAGUUCUCCCCAGCUCUUCUAGAGACCUCGUGGAAUGUAGUAUGUAACUUCAUUAGACAGUAUCACUUUAAUUUAUAGCUAUUGUCUGUAUCCCUCUCUAGCCUAUGGUUUUUGAAAGCCAAGAUAAAUUUUUUCAUUAAAAAGGAAACGUAAAAAAAAUCCACAACCAAAGAUGGAUAGCUAUUGAUACUGACAUUACUUUGUACUAUAAGUUUAAAAAUACAUUUAGAUAUUACCAUAAAUAACAUAUUUAGGUUGAAACUGAUGUUACUAAAACUGAAAGCAGGUUUCACAUUAAUUUUCUUUUUUGGUUUAAACAGACAUUUAUUUCUCCCAGUUUGGAAGCUGGGAAGCCUUUCUUAAUUUCUUACUAGUUCUGAUUGACCAGUGUACUUCUGGAUCCCUACUAUCCUAAACAAGCCCAAGUUUUAGCGCACACAUUAACAAUGCAUAAAAUAAGACAGAAUACAACUUUUAUAUUAUUGAACUUUAUGUACAAAAUCAUUUGAUUUCAAAUAAACAUUUAAUGUAAAAACAAA